CAUUCCCAUACUCUUUUCUCUCCAUCUCUCUCUAACAUUUAAUCUUUUCCCCUCCUCUUCUCGUUCUCAUGGAUUUUAAUUCCAUUUUGUUGUAUAGCCUCCCAAUCUUUUGUUUAUUCUUCACGAUAUGGAAGAUUAUAGAUCAAAAGAGGCACCAACAUUGCUACAUUUUGGACUACCAAUGCUACAAACCAACCGAUGAUCGAAUGCUUAGCACAAGAUUUUGUGGAGAAGUGAUUAGGAGAAACAAGAAUCUUGGCCUAAAUGAGUACAAGUUUAUUCUAAAAGCCAUUGUGAGCUCUGGCAUAGGCGAACAAACAUAUGCACCAAGAAUGGUCUUUUAUGGUCGUGAAGAGUGUCCUACUUAUGAUGAUGGAAUUUCAGAAAUGGAAGAAUUCUUCCAUGAUAGUAUUGACAAGAUUUUGAAGAGGACAAAAAUUCUCCCUUCAGAAAUUGAUGUAUUAGUGGUGAAUAUCUCAAUGCUUGCAACUAUGCCUUCGCUAUCUGCUCGAAUUAUCAAUCACUACAAUAUGAGGGAAGAUAUCAAGGUAUAUAAUCUCACUGGAAUGGGGUGUAGUGCAAGCCCUAUAUCGAUAAAUAUCGUACAAAACAUUUUCAAGAUUCAAAAGAAUAAACUUGCCCUAGUGGUGACAUCUGAAUCUUUAAGUCCAAAUUGGUAUUCUGGAAAUGAUAGAUCUAUGAUUCUUUCUAAUUGUUUGUUUAGGUCAGGAGGGUGUGCAAUACUUUUGACAAAUAAAUUGUCUUUAAAAAACAAAACCAUGUUCAAGUUAAAAUGCCUAGUUAGGACACAACAUGGUGCAAAAGAUGAAUCUUAUAAUUGUUGCAUACAAAAGGAGGAUGAUCAAGGUAGGAUAGGGUUUCAUCUUGAUAAAACUCUCCCCAAAGCUGCAACAAGGGCUUUUGUUGAUAAUUUGAAAGAAAUUGCCCCAAAAAUACUUCCAAUUCGAGAGCUUCUUCGAUUUGCAAUUAUCUCUACUCUGAGGAAAUUCAACCAGAAGUACAAGGGUAAAUUUGGACCUCGUCCCGUUAUCAAUUUCAAGACAGGUGUGGAUCAUUUUUGCCUUCAUACUGGAGGAAAAGCAGUGAUUGAUGGAAUAGGUGCAAAUUUGAAUCUAAGUGAAUAUGAUUUGGAGCCAGCAAGAAUGACAUUGCAUAGAUUUGGUAACACUUCUGCUAGUAGUCUUUGGUAUGUUCUUGGUUAUAUGGAGGCUAAAAAAAGGUUAAAGAAAGGUGACAAUGUUUUUAUGAUUAGUUUUGGAGCAGGUUUUAAAUGCAAUAGUUGUUUGUGGGAAGUUGUUAGAGAUUUGGGUGAUGGAAAUGUGUGGGAAGAUUGCAUUGAUAAUUAUCCACCAAAAACUCUAGCAAAUCCUUUCUUGGAAAAAUUUGGGUGGAUUCAGAAUGAAGAUCCUAGUACCUUUUAUGUUCCAGAUGACUAUGUCAUCCCUUGAUCUAAAGGAUUUACUUUAAUUUAAUUAUAGUUCAAUUUUUUUAGGUUUCUGGUGUGGGAUUUUAAUUUAUUAGUACUUUUUAAAAAAAAAAAAUAUUUCAUGUAUGUAAAUUGAAAAUGUUCAUGUAUAGUUAUUUCA